GCAGGUGCAGAGGACGCAUCGAGCUGUCCGGCUUGGCGGGUACAGAGGACGCUUCGCAUCGGGCAGGGGAGCCAUGCAGCGCCUGGUCCAGCAGGUUCGCGACGCUUUCCGGAGCGGCCGGUCGCGACCCCUGAGGUUCCGGCUGCAGCAGCUGGAGGCGCUGCGCAGGAUGGUUCAGGAGCGCGAGCGGGACAUCCUGGCGGCCAUCGCCUCGGACCUGGGCAAGAGUGAGCUGAAUGCGUACAUCCAGGAAGUCAUGACCAUUCUUGGGGAAGUGGAUCUCGCGCUGGAGCAGCUUCCUGAGUGGGUUGCUGCUAAGCCAGCCAAGAAGAACCUGCUCACUAUGAUGGAUGAGGCCUACGUCCAGCCAGAGCCCCUGGGGGUCGCCCUGAUUGUCGGGGCUUGGAACUACCCCUUCGCCCUCACUGUACAGCCUCUGGUAGGAGCUAUUGCUGCAGGAAAUGCUGUGAUUAUCAAGCCUUCUGAAGUAAGUGAAAAUACGGCCAGCCUCCUGGCUCAGCUCCUGCCCCAGUAUUUAGACCCGGACCUGUACGUGGUGGUGAACGGUGGCGUGGAGGAAACCACCGAGCUCCUGAAGCAGCGGUUUGACCACAUCCUCUACACUGGGAGCACGGCCGUUGGGAAGAUUGUCAUGGCGGCUGCUGCCAAGCACCUGACCCCUGUGACCCUGGAGCUGGGAGGGAAGAGUCCGUGCUACAUCGACACAGACUGUGACCUGGACGUGGCCUGCAGACGCAUCGCCUGGGGGAAGUACAUGAACUGUGGGCAAACCUGCAUUGCUCCCGACUACAUUCUCUGCGAGCCGUCCCUCCAGGGCCAAAUCGUGCAGAAGAUUAAGGAGACGGUGGAGGAGUUUUAUGGAGAAAACAUAAGAGGAUCUCCCGAUUAUGGAAGGAUCGUCAACCUUCGUCAUUUUAAGAGGCUCCUGCGUUUGCUUGAGGGACAGACGAUCGCUUUGGGUGGGGAGACGGACGAAGCCACCCUCUACAUAGCCCCGACGGUACUCACCGACGUGGAUCCCGAAACCAGAGUGAUGCAGGAAGAAAUUUUUGGGCCGAUUCUUCCGGUAGUGCCUGUGAAGGAUGCAGACGAAGCCAUACAGUUCAUCAAUGAUCGCGAAAAGCCAUUGGCUCUCUACGUAUUUUCCCGCAACCGCAAGCUCGUCCGGCGGAUGAUUGACUGCACGUCCAGCGGGGGUGUCACGGCCAACGAUGUGAUCAUGCACUGCAUGCUCGGCUCGCUGCCCUUCGGGGGCGUGGGGGCCAGCGGGAUGGGAGCGUAUCACGGAAAGCAUAGCUUCGAUACCUUUUCUCAUCAACGUGCCUGUUUAUUGAAAAGUUUAAGGGGAGAAGGUGCUAACAAACUCAGAUAUCCCCCCAACAGCCAGUCAAAGGUGGACUGGGCGAAAUUCUUCCUUUUGAAACGAUUCAGCAGAGGAAAAAGUCUCCUGCUCCUCACCAUCCUGGGCGCUGUGGCCGCUGUUCUGGUCAAGGCUGUCUACUACUGAAGAGUGAUCCUGCUCAGCCUCCUCGCUGCCUCCACGGGGCUAUUCCUCUGUGAAGUAGUUAGUGAACCCAUAGCUUUAGCAUCCUACCAAAAGUGGACAGAAAAUACGCAGCACUGUAGUCAACCCUGACCCCAUUGCCAAGCACCAUUAAGGCAACUUGCAUUUCAGCCAAAUCGCAGCAUUCCCGACUGAGGACCCUCAGAACCCACUCUGGACUGUGCCGCCUGGAUUGGGGCCAGGGAAGGAGAAUGUCUGGAGCUACCCCUGCAUUCCCUGGGAGCUUAAAGGAGUCUCAGAACCACCUCAGGGACCGCCUCCCCCUAGCUCAUGGGACAUGGGACACCCCACCUCGUCCCUGCUGUUGCCUCCAUCACUCUGGAAACUUUCAAGAGUUCAGUCCAGAGAGAUGAGGCUAGAUUUUCCCAGGCUCUAGAACCGGGGGAGAGGGGUCCCUGUCCCUCAUUCGCCCCUUGGGUUUGCAGACCUGACCUCCACGAGUUAGCCUGCCGGUCAGAUGUGCCGUCUGACCCGUGGUGUUCCUCCAUUCCCCAUCCAUUCACCAGCCUGCCUCAUGUUUGGUUUGUGGCAUCUCUUGUCCUUGCCCACGGAAGCUUAUUGUGAUGGUAACCCCGAAGCGUCUUGUAAAUCCUAGGACCUCCUGGGAGACAGUGCCCGUUUCAUUCAGGUGUCCCCUGUCAUUCUCACGAUGUAGGCGUUAUAGAUGCUACAUCUUACAAAACCUAACUGGCAUUGUUAGAUGGAGUAGGAGUGCUGAACUUACAACAAUUAUUAUUCUCUGUCAGGGCCCCGAGAUUGCAAGUCAGUGGGUUUCCAAGGACAGAUCUUUAAGUUUUUUUCAUUUCUGUAGCACAAUGCCAGUAAUUUCACUUUUUAAGGUCCAGAGAGGCCCCUCUUGGGGAACCCAUUUCCUGUCUGUCUUGGACAAGAGGCCUUGGAUGUUCAGGACCUUGGGGAGGGUCAUUUGGAGAAAUCUGCAGGAGGACUCGACGCCGUAGCAGUUGGCCAGGCUGAGGGAAUGGAGGACGAGGCGGCUCUCCUGAGGGUGGCAGGACCUGAGGUGCCUCAGCCGGGGAUGUGCUAAAGAGGCUCACAGAGGAGGGCGGGUCCCCCUGGGCCUGCUGAGGGACUGGCGCCAGAGCCCCACUGUCCCCGCGUUUGAAACAGACUCCGCCCACUCGGUGAGAGAAUGUAGUUUACUUGAUGGAAUGUAUAAUCAGCUUUGUUGAAUGAGUUUGUUCCAUGAAGACUGUCUGGAGAAUGUCUUUAUCACAGAAUGAGAUGUCAAGAAUGAAUCGCUACUCUGGUUUAGGAAAAAAGUUGCUUAAACUGUAACUAUAGAAUAAUCUAUCAUAAUUUCAAUAUGGCAUUUUCACUUAGUAAAUUGUAAUUAUAAUUUCUAGUUAAACUAAAUUAUUGGCUUGCCUAGUAGUACAUUCUGCUUCAAAAUAAACCAUUAUAUUUGA